UCGGUGCUGCUUCACACGGCAAAGGAGCGACCACAACAAGACGCGGAUAUUGAGGGGAUGCGGCAUCGAUACGCGGGAGCUGUCCAGCAGCACCACACCAACGACACGGACGCCCGAGACAUUUCAGCGCGCGUUCAGAAAGAAGGAUCUCAUCCAGUAGCCCCGCUCUUUAGUCUGCCGCCCCCACCACCAUCGAUAAAGGAGCGCUCCACCUCCUCACAUCAGAGCCGACAUGUACUGUCUUGUCCGGACCGCACCACCAGAAAAGGUGUCCAUGACUGUAAACCGCAGCACGGCGAGUCCCUGCCUUUGACUAACCACAGCAUCCUCCUCACACAGGGAGCGCACAGUGACCGUCAGCCUUACCAUAACCAACCACUUCAGUCGGAGUUUCCAGGGGCCUCAUCGGGCUCUCAGUGUCAUUCUGAGCCAUUCUGCAGCCAUUCUCCUCAGCACAAAUUUUCCGUUUCCCCGCAGCCCUCCCCAUCUGAACUGCUGCUGCUGCCGCCUCAUCUGCCUUUGCACAUUUCUAACACCUGGGAUACUCGCCAGAAGUCUGCUAAUUAUUACAAACAAGAAAACGCACAACGAUGCGUCGGGGAGGGGGGGCGUCGAGACCAAAACCCGUUGCUGCAGCAACCUUGUUAUAAUCAAACAGGCGAUCAUCAACAAAGCGACCCCUCCUUGGAGCUACUCUUACCAAACUCUGGUCAAGGACAGAUAAAUGCAUGCGAGGAAAUCGAAAAGGAUAGACUAUUAGGUGAGCCUCAGGCUCAAUUACCACAGUUGCAUGCUCAACGGCAGUUACUGUUGGGUAGCAGCUUGCCUAUCAACUACUGCAUCAGCGGAUCUGAGGAAGUGUGCAGAAAUAACCAAGCGCUGUUGCAGCAACAGCAUCAUCAACAGCAGGCAGACGCGCAGAAACACAGCCUCCAGUGGCAGCAGAGUGACCGAGACAGCAGGUGCCAGGAGAGAAAAAUCGCACUCUGUCAAGCAGAGCAGCAGUGUCAUGAAGCUCAAUGUGAACGCGCGGCAGUGAGAAACUCGUCGGUCUCCAGUAGUGAAAACAGCAGUCCCCCGUACGGCUCCAGCAGUCAACUGUGGCCAGUGCCCAACGAAAAGGAGCAAAGGAAAAACCCAACAGGCAAACACAAGGCAUAUGCUGAGCGAACAAAGCUGAGCCAUGCUGGAUCCAAGCCCUCCCUCUCCGAGAACAGUCACUCACUCCCUCAGAUAGCCAUGAACAGCUGCAAGUACAAUGGAGGAGUGGUAAGACCACUGGGCAGCCUGGCGGCGUCACGACGCAACUUAGCAGAGCAUGACUCUGAGACCCAGCCGCUACAGACACUGCACAGCUCUGGCCUGGAAGUGGUUGUCUCCAAGGGAGGUGGCGAGGACACUAGCAAGGCGUCCAAUGAGAGCCUGGUCAGAGAGAGUGGCAAUGCACCACAGAAAAAAAAUAAAGAUAUUGGCUACAAGUUGGGCCACAGGAGGGCACUUUUUGAGAAGCGCAAGCGGCUUAGUGACUAUGCCCUGAUAUUUGGUAUGUUUGGGAUCGUUGUCAUGGUAACAGAGACUGAACUCUCCUGGGGGGUUUACACUAAGGAAUCUUCAUAUUCAUUUGCACUGAAAUGCCUUAUCAGCCUUUCCACUGUUAUUUUGCUUGGUCUUAUAAUAAUGUACCAUGCUCGGGAAAUACAGCUUUUCAUGGUGGACAAUGGGGCGGAUGACUGGAGGAUAGCCAUGACAUAUGAGCGUAUCUUCUUCAUUGUACUGGAGCUGCUGGUGUGUGCCAUUCACCCAAUCCCGGGCCAAUAUGUCUUCACAUGGACGGCUCGGCUGGCCUUCACGUACGUGCCCUCUGUGGCCGAUGCCGACGUAGACAUCAUCCUUUCCAUCCCCAUGUUCCUCCGCCUCUACCUGAUCGGCCGAGUCAUGCUCCUUCAUAGCAAGCUUUUCACAGACGCAUCCUCGCGCAGUAUAGGUGCCCUCAACAAGAUCAACUUCAACACACGCUUCGUCAUGAAGACCCUCAUGACUAUCUGCCCCGGAACUGUACUGCUGGUCUUCAGUAUCUCCUCCUGGAUCAUCGCGGCCUGGACCGUACGGGUCUGUGAGAGGUAUCAUGACAAACAGGAAGUCACUAGCAACUUUCUUGGAGCUAUGUGGCUCAUUUCCAUAACUUUCCUAUCAAUUGGCUAUGGAGAUAUGGUCCCUCAUACAUACUGUGGUAAAGGGGUCUGUCUUCUCACUGGAAUCAUGGGAGCUGGCUGCACUGCACUUGUUGUCGCAGUGGUAGCCAGAAAGUUAGAACUGACAAAAGCUGAGAAACAUGUCCACAAUUUUAUGAUGGACACUCAACUUUGUAAACGAGUAAAGAACACAGCUGCCAAUGUACUCAGGGAAACAUGGCUCAUCUACAAACACACAAAAUUAGUGAAGAAAAUAGAUCAUGCCAAAGUGCGCAAACAUCAGCGCAAGUUCUUGCAGGCCAUUCACCAAGCUCAGAAGCUCCGCAGUGUGAAAAUGGAGCAGAGGAAACUCAAUGACCAGGCCAACACACUGGUGGACUUGGCAAAGACACAGAAUGUAAUGUAUGACCUGGUGUCAGAGCUGCAGGAGCGCAGUGAGGAGCUGGACAAGCGCAUAGGCACGCUGGAGGACAAGCUGGACGCUGUCACCGGCAGCCUGCAGGCCCUGCCCUGUCUGAUCUCCCAAGCCAUAACUCAGCAGCAGCAGGACCUCCUGGACAGCUUCGUGAACCGUUUUCGCCCUGCCUCGCUAGGCUCGGAGCGCUCCUGGACCCCCUCCAGACGCCGGCGCUCCCCCUCCACUGCCCCGCACACUUCCUCCGACAGUGGCUAACACUGGCCUGGACCUGCUUACCGCUUCCAAAGGUCUCAGACUUAUUCAUGUAAGCUGAUCAAACUUUUGUUGAGGACUUGAGGUUGAGGACUCAUAUGAAUAAGUAGAGAAGAAUUAUCAAAAACAGUAGAUAUAUGGUUUAUGUUUAGCCAUUGUAUGGCUGUUCAAGUUAGCUUUUUUGUAAAGCCUUCAUAUAUUUACAAGACUGAAGCUGGAGUGAGUCCAACUGGUCCUUAAAACUGGAGAUCACGGGGUCCACAGGGAAGUGGGCCCAAGCAAUGCCUGCCAGAGUCAACCAAUGUAGAACACAGAGGAGAGACACAACCAAAUAGAAGAAAUGAAUUGGUUCUGCAAGACAUCUGUGGUGGUGUUUUCCCAAUGCCAGUAUGAGCACUGAGAGCGCCAACAGGUGCUCUAUGAUCACUCAGUAUUCAGCUGGAGAGUGGGAGCUCAUGACCUUACUACUGAGAAGAAUAUUGCCAGAAUGACAACUUUAAGGAUUCAGUUCCCUUGCUCUUUUAAGGGAAAUUGGGUGCAACUAACCUUUUUUAGUUACAUAUUGGCAUGUUAUUUUUUUCAGUGCCUGAAUGUAUAGAUUGCGGUGGGUUGUUCAUUUACAAAUUUUGGAGCGAGUUUUUGUACAAUGUUACUGUAACACAAGCAUUGCAUUCCUUUUUCAGAUACAUUCCUCUUUAAGACAUUUUGACUAAUUUGUCUUAGCAAUUACCAUUAACUCUAGCAGUCCUCUCUUAUUUUUCAGCCUUUCAAUACUUCCACCGGUCACUACAGAAAGAAAGUAAGAAAGAAAAAAGAAAGAAAGAAAGAAAGUUUAAAGGGAUAGUUCUCCCAAAAAUUUAAUUCUCUCAUCAUUUACUCACUAUCAUGCCAUUUAAUAUGUUUAUGACUUUCUUUCUU